AUGUCGCACCUCGCACUUUUCGUGACGCUACCAAUAUUGAUGAUCGACGGGCUCAUUGAAGUCGGCUUCGUCGGGUCCAUGGUCGGCUUUCUUCACGAUCGAGCGGGCAAGUUCUUCACCAUCGACGCGCCCUCGGGAUCAUUCAACCUGCACGGCAAACCGGCCGGACUCGUCGUCGACCAAGGCCACACGAGCAACGGGGCAGCAGGCACGGCGGUCAUUCUGGUUGGCAUCUUGGGGUUCUUGACCAUAUGGUAUGAAAGGCGGAGGGCUCGCAAGGUCGCAGCCACCGGCCGCCACGGCCAUUCAGGGCUUUAUGUGUUCUGGGUGGUCAUGACGGUGCUCUCGGCCACACUGACUCUCGCCGCACUCAUCUACACGUUCGUGGUGACGGCCCAGACAGACGACCAGACCAUCGACGUCGCGGUCGCGGCGGCCAACCCAGAGCCGCUCAUGUAUCCCGACGACAAGUGGACGCCGGAGAACUGGUUUGUGGCCGUGCUGGCCCUGCCGCUCGCCCACACCUCGGACCGCCGCGACAUCCGCAACCAUCUCCGUCUGAUGCGCGCCUGGCGCUGGAACUUGAUCCCGCUGUUCAUCCUUGGCCUCACCGUCGCCGCCUUGGCUCUCUGGCGUCUGGUCCGCGACCGCAGAUGGACCGAGGGCGAGUCGAGGGAGAAGUUUCGGCACUCGAGUCAGAGUUAA